AUAUUCCGGUCAAAGGACGAGAGACCACGUGAGCUAGCAGCUGAGUGCCAUGUGAACGCUCACGGAUCCUCAUGCACAUACGCUCACGGAUCCUCAUGCGCAUAGUAACGAUGGGAGGUAAAAAAAAUAUCUUAGACCGAGUUUCGAGGCACGAGGAAAAGGAAUCCUAUUUCAAACUGGCAAAUUUCAACGACCAGUCUCUGAAAGAACUGCAAAGAUUCGACUGCUUGCGUAACCUAAUUGUUAGAUUUCAUAUUUCUAUAUAGUUGUUGAAAGUUCAAGAAACAGUAGGACCAUGUUCAUAUUGGCUUGGUUGUACAAGACAAAAAGCAUAUGUUAUAUAUAUAGAAGCAAACAAGAUCACAGUUCUAUCUCGCACUCACACUCACACUCUCUCUCUCUUCCGCGUUACGACGUUAGUGUGUGAUAAAAACAGAAAUGGUGAUGAAGGUAUAUGGAGAUGGGAUGUCAGCGUGCGUGGCACGUGUUCUUCUCUGUCUUCACGAGAAGGAGACUGAGUUUGAGCUUGUCCCGGUCGAUCUCUUUGCUUGCCACCACAAGCUCCCUUCUUUCCUCUCCAUGAACCCCUUUGGCCAAGUUCCAGUUCUACAAGACGAAGAUCUUACCCUUUUUGAGUCGAGGGCAAUCACGGCAUAUAUAGCAGAGAAACACAAAGACAAAGGAACGGAUCUGACGAGACAUGCAGACGCUAAAGAAGCAGCCAUUGUGAAGCUGUGGUCGGAAGUGGAGUCCCACCACUUCAAUCCCGCGAUCUCCGCCGUUAUCCACCAUCUUAUAGUUGUGCCGCUUCAAGGCAAGACUCCUGAUGCAGCCAUCGUGGAGGAGAAUCUGGAGAAGUUAGGGAAAGUGCUCGAUGUGUACGAAGAGAAGCUCGGGAAGACAAAAUACUUGGCCGGAGAUUCUUACACACUCGCGGAUCUCCACCACGUUCCUUACACUUACUACUUCAUGAAGACGGGUCAUGCUGGUUUGGUCAACGACCGUCCUAAUGUCAAGGCGUGGUGGGAAGACCUUUGUUCUCGUCCGGCUUUCCUUAAAGUCUCUCCUGGCUUGACCGUUGCUCCGGCAACGAACUGAUCCAAAGAUUCUCUAAAUCUUGUCUUUAUGUUUCUCUGAUAAGGCGUUUCAUUUGGGUUGUUGUUUUUCUUUUGCAUUUACUAUUUGUC